AUGCAUCCUGUGUUGGAUAAAGAUAGGUUUAUGGCCUGCGAGGACCUCAUUGAAGCUCUCGAGGAAUGCCACAGACUAAACUUCAUGAAAAAAGCCUUUGGUGCUUGCAACAUACAAAAGUCACAACUUUCAAACUGUCUACACGAGACCCGUCUGGCAGCAGACCGUGAGAAGAUCCUGGUGAGGAGGGAGAAGAACAAGAAGUUUGAAGAGAAGAUGAAAAAGAUUAAGGAGGAAGAAUGGGGCAAGGAUAUGAAACUGAAAAAAGUGGUCGAGAAGGAACUGGAGCGUCUGGCAGCCCAGGGAAAGCAAUAG